GAAAUACUGACUCCAUGAAAUUUUAUGGCGCUGGGUUAGCAUUUGUAUAUACAAGUGUCCACCUUCUUUCAGAAUGCCAUUAAGCCUCUGGGAAAUUUAUUUCAUUUGGCUGCUUGCUUCAUGUUUCAGCUUUUACAGAAGGCGAGAGAGCUAAACUCUAAUUGGAAGCGGCAGUAUUGGUCCAUGGUGUCUCCAGAAACUAAACAUUAAUCUUUUUUCCCCCUAGAGUUGCAAUAAUUUGAUACUUUGACUUUUAAGAUGGCUUUCCUCAUCAGAGAUCUGUUGUUUCUAAUUAUCAUUAACACCAAAUAUAUGUUGUGACUUAUACCAGUGGAUCUGUAGUGCAACAGGGUACAGAAGAACAAGAAUCACUUCCCUCUGGAACUUCAUUUUGUGUUUGGAAAUCUGCGUGUGAUGUAUUAACUUGAUCUAGGAAUUAAUAGCUGUGGUGCUAUGACUGUGGCAAGAAAGUUAUACAACUCUGGAGCAGUUUUUUUAAACACAGAGCUGAAGAAAGAUAUGAAGACAGCUUCCUCCUCAGAUAUUAUUACCAACAUUUCCCUGGAUGGUCCUUUUAUGGACGAUGGCAACCAGACAGCAUUUUAUCAGCCUGGCUGGCAAAUAGCUCUUUGGGCUAUCAUCUAUUUAUCUACAGUCAUUGCAUCAGUGGUGGGCAACAGCACAGUCAUUUGGAUUAUCCUCUCUCAUCGACGGAUGAGGACUGUCACCAACUACUUCAUUGUUAAUUUGGCUCUUUCUGACCUGCUAAAUGCUGCCUUGAACACAGUGUUCAAUUUCAUUUAUGCCUGCCAUAACGUUUGGUAUUUUGGCGAGGGAUUCUGUCGGUUUCUUAACUUGGUUCCUAUUACAGCAAUGUUUGUGAGCAUUUAUUCUAUGACUGCUGUUGCUGCUGAGAGGUACAUGGCAAUAAUUUAUCCCUUUAAGCAAAAGCUUUCUUCUGGGAACACCAAAGUGAUAAUAGGAGCAAUAUGGCUGCUUGCUUUUGGGCUUGCUUUCCCACAGUUCUUUUAUGCAAAAAUUAUAAUUGAUAAUGGAACAACUAAAUGUGUGGUUGCUUGGCCAGAUGACGCUGGACAGAAGCAUAAAAUGAUGUAUCACAUUACAGUGAUUGUUUUGACUUACCUGAUUCCUCUUAUGGUGAUGUUUGUCACAUACAGUAUAAUAGGAAUGACUUUGUGGAAUAAUUCCAUUCCUGGAGACCACACCAACAAGGUCUACUACCAGCAUCAGAUUCUGGCCAAAAAAAAGUUUGUCAGGACAAUGGUUGCUGUUGUGAUAACAUUUGCCAUCUCUUGGUUUCCUUAUCACCUCUACUUCAUCUUGAACUGUUUCUGGGAGGACAUCUAUGAGCAGAAGUACAUUCAGCAAGUGUAUCUGGCAGUCUUUUUGCUUGCCAUGAGCUCCACAAUGUACAACCCAAUUAUUUAUUGCUGUCUAAAUCAAAGGUUCCGCUCUGGUUUUCGGAUAGCUUUCCAGUGGUGCCCAUGCAUCAAAGCAACUCCAGGAGACAGACUUAAUCUGACCUACCCCUUACCUUUACACAAGGUACAAAGAGAUCAGCUCUCCAACUUUCAGACAAGCACUGAAACAAAUGUAACUAAUAAUGACAAAGUAUCAUACAUAUUAAUGAACUUGCUAUUUUGAUAUUUAUGCUAAUUGUUUGAAUUGCUUCCAAGAACAUUACUUUGUUGUAGGUUUAAAAUUACGGCAGAAGUUUGUGACAAAUUUGUGAUGGUCCUUAGCUAACUUUGAUGUUGGCAACCCUAAGGGACAACCUCAAAGAGUCAUUUUCCAGCUCACUUUUCACAUAACGGAGUGAUGAUGCCUUGAUUUUAUCAGCCACUAUAUGGCAUUUCCCUAUCACUUCCAUCUCCCCAGAUUCUGAGUCCUCAAAACUCUCAAAUUUGUUCCAAAGGUACAAAUCUCUCAAAGCAUCCAUGUGGCCAAAUCACCCACAUAACACAUGUA